ACAUGAUUCACCCAGCACAGGUCGUCAAGCAGUUAAUGCAGCCAGUCCAAGCAGUAGGAAACCUAAGAAGAGACCAGAAUGUGGGGUUUCACAGCCCUCUCCCACAGCAAACUGGAUGCUUCCACAUUGGCACUGCCCCACUCUCAAAGCAAGAUGCAUUCGUCCCUGGAGGACAUCCAUUUGCAGAUGAGGGAGCUGGAGCACCAUCUCAACCUGCUGGAGCUGAGAGGAGUGGAACUGCAGAGGAAUCUGAGAGUCUGCCAGAACGAUGAGCAGGAGGAGAUGCUGCUGGCGGACUGGUUCAGUCUCAUUCACCAGAAGCAUAUGAUGGUGCGCUGGGAGGCUGCGCUGGUCUACGCGGAAAAGCAGCAGAAUCUGGAGGAGAAGCAAGCAGAUGUGGAGGAUGAGCUCAGGUGUCUUCUCAGUAAACCAGAGAGGGAGUGGAUUAAUGCUGAUUGGAUCAGAGAGCAGCAGUUGAUGGCAGAGUUUGUCACCAUUAUUGAAGAGAGGGACCACAUUAUCAACAGGAUGGACCAGGACAAUCAAAGGCAGGUGGUGGAGGACAAGCUGCUUGCAGCCAUGAUCAAGAGAAAAAAUUCAACCAGCAGACAGAGGAAGAAGGGCGGUGAACUUCUGGCCCAUUAAAGUGUUGAAGAUGUUGAGCCAAAAGAUGGAGGGGGGUGAAAGUAAGGGCCCUCAUGCAAGCAAAAGCUGAAGUGUGAGGGGGCUUAGUGUUAGUGGUUCCGUCCAGUUUGACCUUAUGGGCUGCAAUUAAGGUAGCUCCCUCUGACUGCAUCCCCCUCACUGGGUGACACUGGCCAAUUAGUCAAUUGGCGCUGGCCUGAUCUGGAUGAUCAGAAUGAAAUUGAACUGUAAUGCAUCAAGACUGCAAUAACUGCAUAUGUCUGGAAAGAAGGGGGCUACAGCUGAAGAUCACUUGGAAAGUCAUCUUUUACCAGGAGUAUAGGUGCACACUAAAUGUUUCAACCUUGUUCAUCUUCAGGGAAAAAUGUUUAUUUAUUUAUUUAUGUGCGGUCGUGCCUUUUUUAUUUUUUUAAUCACAUUUAGAACUACCUUAAACUAGUUUCUAAACAUACAUACAGUGAGUAAAUGUAUUGAAAGUAUCUAAAGCACAUCAUGCUUGAAUUGGUCAUAGGCCAAACAUAGAACCACCCCUAGAUGUUUGAGGACUCUGUCCCCUCUGAAACACUGGACAGAUGGCACAUGUGGCCAUGAACAGUCAUCAAUCUGUCAAAGAAAGGCAAGAAGGUGGGGCCCUCGGCACAGUGUCUGAUCUGCCUUGUGGGUGG